AUGAUGUGUGACUUCACCGAGGAUCAGACUGCAGAGUUCAAAGAGGCCUUCCAGCUGUUUGACCGAAUAGGUGAUGGCAAGAUCCUGUGCAACCAAUAUGGGGAUGUGAUGAGGGCACUGGGUCAGAACCCCACCAACACUGAGGUGCUCAAGGUUCUGGGGAACCCCAAGAGUAAUGAGAUGAACGUGAAGGUGCUAGAAUUUGAGCACCUUCUGCCCAUACUGCAGACGGUGGCCAAGAACAAGGACCAGGGCACCUAUGAAGAUUAUGUAGAAGGACUUCAGGUGUUUGACAAGGAAGGAAAUGGCACCGUCAUGGGUGUUGAAUUCUGGCUUGUUCUUGUCACACUGGGUGAGAAGAUAACAGAGGAAGAGGUAGAGGUGCUGGUGGCAGGGAAUGAGGGCAGCAAUGGUUGUAUCAACUAUGAAGCAUUUGUGAGGCACAUCCUGUAG